AGUUGCUUUUUGUAUCUCAGUCGGUCAACAUACUUAAAACUUACUGUUACGCGGCUUUUACAACUAAGUCAAUAUUCUCACUCAGCCAAGUUAUUAAAAUUUUGAAAAAAUAUUUGAAGAGUGUGACAUAAAAGGCCUUUAUUUAAUAAACAGAAGUAAACAGAGAUCAAAAUGGUUUUGUUUGACAAAUGCUGUUGCUUCUUUCGCUUAACAACUGGUGGAAUGAUUCUAGGAUGGUUGGGAGUUGCAGAUUCUUUAUUAGUCAUUGUGCUUUCAAUAUUUGGCCUUGCAAAUGUUGACACCAUCAUGAAUCAUAUCAAAAAUGAAACAGAAUCCUUUACAGCUCAAAGUAUUAAUGAUACGCAUUUAUCGAUAUUCAGAAGGAAUAAUGGAGAAAUGUCAAUAGAAGAUGAAAUGACCAUUAAACGAGGCAUGUACGUAGUACUUACACUCAACCUAAUCGUCAAUUGUGUGACAUUGAUUUCAUCUCUCCUGCUGAUAACCGGUGCAAUUAGACGCAACUCUAAGUUCGUUUUACCGUGGUUAUUAUGUGAAGCUGCAUGUCUUGUUUUUUCGUCACUGGCUGCUGUUUCGAAGAGCUUUGAAAUGUUGUUGUAUCGUGAGAGUUUCUCUGAAGGCUUUAUAACUAUUUUAGGAAUCAGCAUUUUAGUUGGAAUUGAAGUUUACCUUUACCUGUGCGUUUAUUCACUUUAUCAAAUCCUGAAAUCAGAAGAGAAGCAACGUCAACUGCAAAUGAAUGAAAUGCAGCAAAAUAAUCAAGCAGCUGAAAAAGAUCCACACGAUGGCUUACCACCAUAUUCGGCAUUGGCUUAGAACUGGUGGUGAAAAAUCUUAUUAUUCCACUUGAAACCAAAAUCUUGUUUUAACAUUUUAAUUUUCAUACAUUUAAAUAUUGUUUCAUUUUUGCUGAUGUUUCUUAAUUUUAUGAGUGAACACGCAAAUUGGCGGAAGUUCAUCUGAUUAAUAAAAUAUACAAGUUUUUUAAACAAAGAAUCGUUAUUAUGUUUGAUUCGUAAACAAUAUGCCACAAUGUGCCUACAUAAUUAAAACAAA